AUGUGUUCGUAUCCUUAUUCGCAGUUUCUUGUCUUGGUUUUAUUUGGCGUAAUUGUCGGCGCCAUUUAUUAUCAAGUGAAGAGAGAUGACAAGGGCAUUCAAAACAGGUCGGUUCUUUCUUUUCUCCUAAUUUUUUCCUUUGGUUUUUUCUCCUUCCACGACUUUUCAAUCCAUCGGCUGUCAGUUAUUGCCGUUACAAGCACAAGACCCAAGUGGAGCAUGUUUCUUUGAUCAGUCACUACAGACGCUGACUGAAUUCAAUGAUGUAAUGGGGAAAGAGAGUAGCUAUGUGCGCCACCAAGUGCAAAAUUGUUUCGUAAUAAUCGCAGUGAUCUCAUCUAUUAUAGCGAUCAUUUGGAACCCUCCUUUGUCAGGCCAGUGACGACGUGUCAUGUGCGUUGAGUCUAAACUAACGUCAGACAUGACCAACUGAUUGGCGCUAGGGAAAUGUUUUGAAAACCCGACACAAGAGUUUGUGGUUGUUUGUGGUUUUCUGGUUUUGUUAAAGCUGUUAAUGUAUAUCAGUUGUGUUUUCUCUUUGUAGAGUUGGUUUGUUUUUCUUUUUGGUGAUGAACAUGAUAUUUGGAAACUUAUCAGCAGUGGAGCUAUUCAUCAAAGAAAGACCACUUUUCAUGUAAGUUUAUCAGUAACUGAAAUUCCCACCAGUGGAUAUGGGUUUUUGAUUGUACAAGUUGGGAGAAUUUAGUUGUCUCUUAAGUCCCCUGGACGGCCUUAUGAGAACUUAACACAUCCUUUUUUCAACUCGUUUUUUGUUUAGGUAAUAUCUUUGUGUUGAGGCUGUAAAAUCCCAAGAAAAUCUCUUGCAAUAUACUAGAGUAACUACUUACGUUAAAUUUGUAUAGGUAAUCAUUCGACCUUGAGUACAAUAGGAAUUUAUUUGCACGAGUGUGUUUUUCAAAAAGAAUCAAAAUUGCAAAACUUGAUAAUUGAAAUUCACGCGAGUGCAUAUAAAUAAGUUCCAGAUUGAGCGAGAAAAAUCGUAUGAGUACUCUAUAUGAGUAAAUUUGCCAGUUAAAAUUAGAGGAACCUGUGUAUAACGGCCAUCACAGUUCUCCAUUCUCUGAGGUAUUCUCAUUAAAUUUCCUCGUUUUUGCACCUUAUUUACUAAAAACCUCACUGCUCUCAGCCAUUCAAGCAGGUGUAUUCUGUGGAAUCAUUUUGACCUGUCUUUGACCUUUUUAUAGUCACGAAUCAGCCAGUGGUUAUUACAGAAUAUCAGCUUAUUUUCUGGCCAAAGUUGUGUGCGAUAUUAUUCCAUUACGCCUUGUGCCAAUCACUGCCUUCUCAGCCAUUGUUUAUUUUAUGACAGGUACGUGAAAGACAAUGUUAUAAAAUAUCUAAGAUAGUACGCGCGUUCUGAUUGGUUAAAAACCUAUGGUUUAUUGUGCCGGUAAACUCAUGGAAAACUUAAAGUUAUUUUAUAAAAGCAAUUAUAGACCACACUUUCUAUGGGUUUACCGGCGUGAUAACCCACUUGGGGUUCUCGUGUCCUCCCAGCAUCCCGCGUGGGUUAUCACGCCGGUAAAACCCAUUGAAAAGGGUGGUCUAUUGCUUAAUUAUUCGCCACUUGAGUAAGGAGAAGGAAACUGGAACCGAAAUGUGUCCCGCAAUUGUUUUUGGGAUCAUAACUGGGGACGCGCCGGUCAGCUAUUGGCCAUUUUUUCCUGUCCCAGAAGUCUUUUCGGAAGUUUACUCGGUCCAGCUUCCUUCUCGUUUCUAAAGCAGUGAAUUGAGCCUUGUGAACCGACCAAUCGGCCACAAAAUGGUUGAAACUUGAAAUGAAAUGAGGUAUAUUUGGGAAAAUAAAACAAUCCAGAACCCUCUGGCCACACAAUUAAAGUUUUCUCAGUGUUUGUCGCAGAUACCUUGGGCAGCGGUACAACACUGACUGUUUAGAAGUGGUGGGGGAGGGGAGGGAAGGCUUACCUUCUGCUUUUUGAAGUAGAUAGUGUCGGUAAAACGUGGAACGUGUUAUUUUGUCGCCCAUUUGACCGUCAGGUCACCAAAGAGCGUAAACACCUUUGUAACGACCAAACCUUGCAUACACAGUACAUAAAUUCGAUUUAGACGUUCAUAUUAACAUAUAUUAAUGCGCUGGUGGUUAAUUUCCAAAUAGUGAAAAAAAAACACAAAAUUGAUCAAAAUAAGCUAACUUUUAAAGGAAAAAUAGCCUUAUACUUGUGUGUCAUUUUUCAUGUGUAAAGCGAUUCACAAGAUGUUUUCUGCGGGGCAUAUACCUUGCAUUAAUGCGACACUAUACAUUAAUGCAAAAUAUCUCGUUGAUUCAUUUACUUAUCAGAAUUAUUGUCAGAGUUGGUAUAGUGCUUCUUAAUGCUGUUAAUAUUUCCUUCUUGCAGGUCUUCGUGUUGACGUUAUUAAGUUCCUCAUAUUCACUUUGACGCUUCUUCUGACGUCACUCGCUGCUUGUAGUGUGGCUUUCUUUGUCAGCGCAUGCGUACGGACGUUCGCCAUAGCUAAUCUCCUUAUCGCUCUUCCUUAUGUGUUUAUGAUGGUAAGCAAAUUUACUGAACUUUCUGUAAAAAAAAAAAAAGAGAGAGAGAAGCCAAUUAUUCAUUUUUAACAAGCAGUCCUUUACGAUGAUGAUCAAGUUUUGACCAAUUAUAGCGCCCAUACUUCUUUGCUCGUGUAUGAUAAACAUUAAAAGCUGAUAAGCGAACCAGGCAGUUACCCUCUUUUAAGCGAUCACUCGAAUUACCAAAGUUCCAUCAAGUCAGCCUCCUUUUACAGGCGCCUGCCUCGAGACUCGAGAGAGAUGAGGCGAAUGGCUGGAAACAAGUUUGAUCCUCCCGCCGUUCUUUGUGCUUAGUGAAGGUCAGCCAUCGGGUUAUUAGGAAGGCUUUUUGAUCAACGCACGUCAACCAGAAGUGACGCCUUUUUCCUGACACUUCCAAAUUUGUAUUGCUAAAUGUCUCUACUCUUUACUUUAUGCCUUUAUAAAGACAAUUGGUUCGUAAUUUCAGGGAAAAACCACUGCCCAAUAACGCAAAAAAUUCACUUCAAGUUGACGUGUGUUGCUGCGAUGUGCACGUUGCUGUGCAGUUCCUAUAAUUGUACUUGCUAUUAAAAACAGCCGUUGAAUUUUGUUUUUUAAGUAGUUUUCCUUUGAUCCCAGAUUGUGGACUGUGGGAGGGGUAACUACAAAUAUAUAUUCUAUUUUAAUUGUUUCGAAUCAACAAAUUUUUAGAAACGGAUUUCACUAUUAAAAAAGAGCGACUUUUCGACCGUUUGACGGUCAUUUUCAAGUUCAGAAGUAAAAAACAUUAGCAUUCGCUUAUAUACAAUUGUGAAAAGGCUAAUGAGAUGCUGACUAAAAAGUAUCUUAUUAGCCUUUUUACAAUUGUAUGUAGGGCGUUUUCACUCACGUGGCCAGCAUCUAUGCUAAUUUCUUGGAACAAAAGAGAGCAUUCACAUGAGAAAAGAGUUCAACUCCCAGAGAAUUUUCUUGGAACACCAAUGUGGCGGCCGUGACGUCAUGUGAAAACUCUCUAUAAGCGCAUGCCAAUUUUUUUUUACUUCUGAACUUGAAAAUGACCGUCGAACGGUCAAAACGUCGUCCGUUUUUUAACGUUAAUUUUUAAUUUUUUCUCUGCGAAGAUUCUACACUGGUUUGAGUGCAUCGAAAUACGCGAGUAGUAGACGCCAUGGUUUCUCUCUUUCAUUGCAGGUAUUUGGUGGCGUACUUGUGAAUCUAAAUUCUCUGCUUGACUGGCUGUCAUGGAUAAAAUAUAUCAGUAUAUUUCGCUACGCUAUAGAGGUAAUAAAUGAGAGAGUGUGUUAAAUUUAGAAGUGAUGUUUCUAAUGACCGACAGUCAUUCUUAAAACACUUGGAAUUCUAUGUCGAACCAACUUAAUAACCGUGCCCCUGCUAAUCCCAUAAUAGUCUGUAAAAUUCAUUUAAUUUUAACAUGGCCGCCCUAUUGAGAAAAAAAGUCUGUUUUUGCUUAGGUACAGACCAUUAACAAAGUUAUAGGAAGGGGUGGGGAAUUUUCGAGCCGCAUGAAUUUUUGUUAACAUUUCCCUUGUAUGCAUUUUUCUUUAGGCCAGUGCAUGAUAUUUGGGGGGUUACUUGGCGUGUAUGAAUAUUUUUUUCAGUUAAUUUUCCUUUGAACGAAUAUAUUUUUUUUGUACUUCGCCCGCCAUUAGUUUCCUUAUGGUCUGUCCCUUACCCUAACGUGAAUUCAAACACUUACAGUUUUUGAUUCAGUUAGUUAUUCUUAGUUAGUUAGCUAAGCUUUGUCCACCCAGCCCUUCCACCGUUUAUUCUAAGUUCUGUACGGUAUUUCGCUAGUACAUUACAGUAAAAUACAAUCCUUCAGAUGCUUUAACAAUGUCGUGACGUUCAUUUGGAUAAACUGAUGUUUGCAUUUAUUUUGUUGUUAUAGUCACUUGAGAUUAACGAGCUCCAUGGCAUGAUUUUCAAUUGUACCUCUAGCACCAGCCCUGAGUGGUACGUAUACUUAAUGUAA